AUGGUAGAAUCACAAGUAUUUUUCAAAUGGUUACCUGUUGCUGUUGUUCCUUUGUUGAUAUUUGUAAUUUUUGGUUUAUCCUAUUGGAUUUUUGCUCAUCAACGACGAAAAAAUCAAAAAUCGAAUGAGAACCAGUUAGAAAAUGAACUCAUCAUUACAAAGCCUAUUCAUCAAAACAUAGUUUCUAAAAAUGAAUAUUUAUCAUCUCGAACUAAAAUUUUAACAAAAAAAUCUAAGUCAACCAAUUCAACACAAUUCACCAAUACUGAUAUAGCUGAUAUUGAUAAAAUUUUACAUACGGCAAGUGAUCGAGCAAUGUGGGAACGAAAUUAUUUAACAAAAGAUCAACUUAAUAAACUAAAAAAAGUACCAUCUGAACAAACUCAACAAAAAUCUUUAUUUAUCAAUUGA